ACUACACCACCUCCGCUUCACCCCACAUAAUAAACUACGCGGACGAGGAUGUCAAAUCCAACAACGGGAAGACCAUACCAGAAGCAAUACGAAGAAGCCGAAGCACUGUUCAACGAUAGCACACUGGAGCAAUGUAUCGCCAGCGCGAAGAAGAACCUCGAUGACCCCACUCUUCCUCCGUACUACUUCAUCAAGAACUCCAUACUCAUCGCCUGCGCUCUAGAUGAUUGGGAUGAGGCAGACCCUUGGAGGGUCUCCGCUGAAAUGGUGUAUCGCAGAAGCCUUGAUGAAGCUCAGAAAAGCAAAGAUGUGAACUCUUUAGAUGCACUGGAAGUACUAAAGACGCAAUUGGAUGAGUUGAACAUGUUCAGGAUGGAGGAUCUUACUGGACUGACCCCUUCAUUGAUCGACGGCAGCAUCGCUAUGUCGGAGUUGGAGAUAGAUGACACGGCCGGGCUGGAUCUCGAGGAUUCUGCAGCAGUCGCCAUGGCAGAGAACGAAGAUGAAGUUGAGGCAGACAGCAUGGACACAUCAACUAUCUGUCAGACGCCUACCAUCAUCGUCGUUCCACACGCUGAGGGCGGUCAACCCUCGCCCGUGGCGGAUACGAAGAAAGUUACCCGCAAGAAGAGCUUCAAGAUGAGCAAAGGCGGCGCCUACCACGCCCAUCAGUUCUCAAAGUCAAGAGGACAUGCAGCCGAGCCGCGCGCAAGCAUUUUGAAUAUCGACUGGGCUCCGCGAGGCGGUACGCCCCCAGAUGACAAGAACAUGGACUAUGCUCCUCGCAAGUGA